GAGGGGCGGCUUCGGGCCUGCGCAGUUGCGCCUGCGCAGCACAGUCACCGCGUAAGGCCGCGGGCGGAAGGUCGAUCUGAGGUGGCAGCGACGACGACGGCUGCGGCUGGGCGGAAGAAGGGCCCGAAUAAUGGCAGAACUCGCGGGCCCGGCUAUUUUUUAACGGAGCAAGAGGAGUGUCAGUCGCUAUGCAGAGUUCAGAUCAUAAGGAUGAUCACAACAGCUUGAAAAGUGAGAUCAUGGGCAAAGCCACUGAAGCCAAGAGCGAGCAGGUGGCAGAUUUCGGCACAGAGAUCAUGAGCGUCACAGAGAUGGAGCAGUCUCCUGAAAACUCACCUGGAACCAAUACCCAGGAAGAGAACACCCAGGACAGUGAAAUGCCAGACACUGAAACUCUAAAGACUUCUGAUUCCGAUCCUUCAUUCCCUCCAGAGUUUGACAAGUUCUGGAAUGUAGUUGAGACAAACCCACAGGAUUUCACAGGUUGGGUGUAUCUCUUGCAGUAUGUAGAACAAGAGAACCAGUUACCAGCCGCCAGGAAAGCCUUUGACAGUUUUUUCUCACAUUACCCGUAUUGCUAUGGUUAUUGGAAAAAGUACGCAGACCUUGAGAAGCGCCACAGCAACAUGAAACAGUCGGAUGAGGUAUAUCGGAGAGGACUCCAAGCAAUACCUCUUAGUGUUGAUCUCUGGAUCCAUUACAUAAACUUCCUUAAAGAGACCCUGGAUGCCAGUGAUCCUGAAACUGUUGGGACCAUUAGGGGGACCUACGAGCAUGCAGUCUUAGCUGCAGGGACAGAUUUCCGCUCAGACAAACUCUGGGAAAUGUAUAUAAACUGGGAAAACGAAGAAGGUAAUCUGAAAGCAGUUACAGCCAUAUUUGAUCGCAUUCUUGGGAUUCCAACCCAGCUGUACAGUCAUCACUUCCAAAGGUUCAAAGAGCAUGUCCAGAAUAACCUGCCCCGAGACCUUCUUACUACUGAACAGUUUAUUCAGCUGCGGAGAGAACUGGCUUCUUCUGCCAAUAGCCAUAAUGGGGAGGAUGCACCUCCUGGAGAUGACCUCCCUUCUGGAAUUGAAGAUAUAACCGACCCAGCUAAGCUAAUCACCGAAAUAGAAAACAUGAGACACAGAAUAAUUGAGAUUCAUCAAGAGAUGUUCAAUCACAAUGAGCAUGAAGUCAGCAAGAGGUGGACUUUUGAAGAAGGGAUCAAACGACCUUAUUUUCAUGUUAAACCUCUGGAGAAAACCCAGCUGAAGAACUGGAAGGAGUACUUGGACUUUGAGAUUGAGAAUGGUACUCACGAGCGAGUGGUGGUCCUCUUUGAGCGCUGUGUGAUCUCCUGUGCCCUCUAUGAGGAGUUCUGGAUCAAGUAUGCCAAGUACAUGGAGAACCACAGCAUUGAAGGGGUGAGGCAUGUCUACAGCCGGGCCUGCACGAUACACCUCUCGAAGAAGCCAAUGGUGCACUUGCUCUGGGCUGCUUUUGAAGAACAGCAAGGGAAUAUCAAUGAAGCCCGAAGAAUUCUGAAGACCUUUGAAGAGAACGUUUCUGGUCUGGCCAUGAUCCGCUUGCGGAGAGUGAGUUUAGAACGACGGCAUGGGAACAUGGAGGAGGCCGAGCACUUGCUCCAGGAAGCUGUGAAGAAUGCCAAGUCCAGCUAUGAAGCCUCAUUCUUUGCUGUCAAGCUUGCUCGGCAUCUUUUCAAAAUCCAGAAGAACCUCCUGAAAGCCAGGAAAGUGCUCUUGGACGCCAUUGACAGAGACAGGGAUAAUCCGAAACUGUAUCUCAACCUGCUGGAAAUAGAAUAUAAUGGAGACCUGAAACAGAACGAAGAGAACAUCAUUGCCUGUUUUGACAAAGCUAUCAGUGGUACAUUGGCAGUAAAAAUGAGAAUCAUAUUUUCUCAGCGAAAGGUGGAAUUCCUUGAAGAUUUUGGCCUGGAUGUGAACAAGCUUUUAGAUGCCUAUGAAGAGCAUCAAGCCCUUUUGAAGGAACAAGAGUCACUAAAAAGGAAAGCAGAAAAUGGCUGUGAGGAGCCGGAUGAGAAGCGGGCCCACGGUGAUGAGGCAGCUCUUGCGUCUGGCCAAAUGAUGGAUGGAGACAUGCAAGCAAAUCAGGCUGCCUACAAUUAUAAUGCCUGGUACCAAUACAACUACCCAAAUGCAUGGAAUUAUGGACAAUAUUAUCAGUCCCCUUCAACUUGAGAAGAACAGUAUGAACAGAAAUGGGGUGUCAAGAUGUUUUUGUUUUUCUACAAAAACCAACAGGGAUGUGAACAAACUGUCAUGUGAAAUUUUGUCUUUUCUGCAUGUGCAAUGAGCUCACAGGGUACAUGUGACAAACGUGUGUGUUGAUAUCUUUCUGUCCUUAGUUUGAGAGCCUCAAUUAUUUCCCUCCUACUGAAGUUAUUAAAGUGUGCAGAAUAAUAUUUUCAGUUAAUAUCACAUUGGGAAUGUUAAUCUGCAAGUCCAGAACCUGUUUAUAAAGCACUGGCCAAAGUUUGUCCCUAGUGAUGAUUUGAAGGUGGCUAGAACAGGCUUGCUCUGCCCCACAGCUGGGGCUUUCUCCUUGAUUUUUUUUGGUUUCCCAUCCCUCUACUGAAGUGAAAUGUCCUUUGAACACUUCCAAAGUCCCAUCCUCACCCCUAUAAGUGUGUCUGUUUUGGCUUUAUCAGUUUACAAUUGCAGCAUUUGAAAGCUGUGAAGUGAUUUUUUGCAAAGAUAUUAAAGGGUGAAACUGCAUAAUGUAUAGGGCAUCCCUUUGGAUUAAUUAAAAAGUAACUAAAAUGAAGUGUGUUGCUGGAACCAUGCUGUGUUUGGGGUGAAUUUUGUAUUGAAUUUUCUUGUACACGUUGAGAAAUUUUUGUUUGGUUAAAAUGUCUUUUGUAAUAAAACCAAAUUGUGUCAACUUUC